UAGCGAUGACUUCUUGAGUCAAACCAAGAUAUCACUGACCUUAUAAGGCAAUCCAGGCCUAAAAUUGCCCCUUUAUUUAGACUAUUUUCUCAAUAAUGUUGAAAUGACAAUUUUUAUUGCACCGGGAAUGACAUAAACAUCAGAUGCUCGCACACCUGUUGUAUUUAAUUUACAAGCAUAUCGUAAAACCCAGCCCACACGGCCAUUAGGAUACAUCCUCUCGGCUGUUCCUGAAGAGAUUCGACCAACAUGUUGCUGUUCAUCGCUCUGUUGCUUCACGUCUUCUCCGGCUUUGUUACUAGCAGUGCUUCUAUAGAUUGCCAAAGCAGUACUAAUAAUAUGUUUGACCCCCCUGCUGAUUACAACGGACACCGCUGUUAUCAAUCUACCUACUACUACCUAGACGCGCACCAAGCUGAAAGGAUGUGUUUGUCUUGUGGCUGGUACCUGGCAGAAAUCAACACCGAAGGUGAAUUCAGGUUUCUGCAAAACCUGGCCAGGAAUAAAAACACGGAAGGUCUGCUGCUUUCUGGAAAUGAUAUGACCAAGGAGGGCUAUUGGGUAUUUCAGACCAGCAUGGAACCUGUCAAAUUUUUUGACUGGUCGACUGGAAAUCCGUCCAACUACCAAGGUAAAGAACAUUUUAUGUCCAUCCAUCGAACGUACAACUACCAAAUGAAUGAUGUGUCUUUUGAACCGCCAGGCAACUAUAAGUUUUUGUGUGAAAUGUAG